GUGUUUUUGUUCCGUUCCGUUCUGUUCGCGUCGUUCAUUGAUUUCCUAAUUAAGUUUAUAAUUAAAAUUAAUUGAAAAAUUACUCACACACACACACAUGCAUAUGCGCAUGUAUGUACAUAUGUGCAGACCAAUCUAUGUAAAUUGCCCUGUUGCCGCCGUGUUGUAACAACAAAAAUUUGUGUGAGAAUUUCUAUUAACGACGAAAUGUUUGCAGCGCUUUUGAAUUUGAAAACGAAAUUGUGCCAAAAAAGCACUGUAGAGGUGGUCCUGCCAAAACCCGACGAUGUGGCAACUCUAGGCAAAUGAACUGUUUUUACCUGCACAAAUACAAGAGCGCGCGUCGCUGCUUCUGCGAGGGGGGUACGGCGACGGGGCAACCAACGGAUAAUUUAGUGGAAUUUUCAAAAAUAGCAAAGCCAGCAGCAGCCCCAGCCAUAUCCAUAAUCCUACAGCGAGAGCGCAGAGGAGAGCAGCAGCAACAACAGGCAUAAUAAUCAAAGAUUAAAUCAGGUUUAUAUGGAAAGGGUUAGGUUAGCAAAGCAGCAGCAGCCUGUCGCAGGAAGAGAGAAGAGAAAUACACGUUUCCUAGUCUCAGUUGGCAGCAACAACAACUACACACCUACAACUGAUUGCACACACACGCAAACGCAGGCAAACGAGAGAGCGACUUAAGUGAGGGAGGGAGAGCAAAAACGCGAGAGCAGUGAGUGUGAAAGAGAGCUAAGAUUAACGUUGCCGCAGCAGAGCUGUUCAGGCAGCAUUGUACGCUUUUCGCUCUUCGCUCAUUUUCUUUCGUUGUGUGCUCCGGCAAUGUCGUGUUUCGGAACGGUGGAAAUAAUAGCAACAACAAGAUAAGAUUUUCCGUUUUUCCGUAUGGAGCAGCGGCGGCAUUUGUUUUGAAAGUAAAGCAAAAGCGAGCCAGAAAAACGAAAUAUAAAGAAACGCCGACAGCGACGAAAGACCGCGCCUCGCCUGAAUCCAAACGGUGUUUUUUUUUUUGUGUACGGCGUGCGUGUGUGUAGACGAAUAUUAGCCAAAAACCACUGAAAAUAGUGCAAAAAGAGCCCUCAAAUAAUUAUAAUAAUAAAGAAAGCCAAGUAAUAAUAAAAUAGGCAAAAAGACAGAAGAGGAGGCCCGAGAGAGCAGGCCCCCAGACCCAAAGCAAAGACCAGUAAUACCAAGACCCCAAAAGGCCAGACCAGUUUCAAAAAAAGCCUAUUUGCAGGGCCCGCCGCCAGAUAGUAGUGUACGUGCGUGUGUGUUUUUUUCUCGUUAUUUGUUUCCGUGUGUGUGUGUGCUAUAAGAGACCACAUACGAGGAGGGAAAGGCCGUUUCAAGGAGCGGAAAGGCAGCAGCAGCGAACAGUGCGCGAGCAAGCAAUAAGAAUAAUAAAUUACACUUUGCUAUAAUAAGAAAAAUUUAUACAUACCUAUACACACACAGCCAUACCGACGUGCCAGUGCCCCACACACAUGAGCACAAGUAAUGCUGGCGUCUGAGUGUGUGUGCGCUGCGCUGCUUGUGGAAAAUUGUAAUAAAAUAUGAACCGCAGCUAGCCCGCAAAGGAAGCGGCGAGAGAGAGAGAGAGAGAGGAGGAGAAGCAGAGAAGCGGCAGUAAAACGAGAAAUCGACUGGAAAACCCACAACAAAAAAACCAAGGAAAAGAAUUGAGUGAAAAUAUCGAAACUGCAUCAAAGAAAAGCUGCUGCUACUACUACUAUAAUCAUUGUAUUCAUGUGCCAUUUAAUUGUUUGGGAAAAGCUUUAAAGGGAUAUUCUACACCAUACUAUAUCUGUAAGACGCCACAGUAUUAGCAACGCAACACAUUAACAUAGAAACACACACACAUAUAAAUAUAUAUAUAUACAUACCCCCCGCGCGUGCAACAUGUCCUGCAUAUCGAGCAAUUUCAGCUCCUUCUUCCUCAAUUCGCUCAACGAUCCCUCGGAGUUUUCCAAGUACUUGAGCAAUGGCGAACUGAAAUGCACUCAAUUCGAGGAAUUUCAAGUGUUUGGCUGCGGCGCAGGCGCAUCGUCGGGACAGCAGCAGCAGUCGCAGCAGUUGCAACAACAACAACUACAGUAUUCCCACACACAUUUAUCCAAUGGCUGCGGCACGGAUUUCUCCUACGAGGCAGCAGCGGCGGCGUCAUCGUCGUCGUCCCAUACGCAACGAGAAACCUGCCUGCCUGCCAGCUCAGGUAGUGGUAAUCCGACGACGACGCCGAGUUCUCACUCGCACACAGUCGCUGCCGCCGCCGCCGCCGCCGCUGCCGCCGCCUAUGUCGCUGCAGAGUCGGGUGUCGCCGCAGCAGCAGCUAUACCGGGGGCAGCAGGAGGAUCAGUCGUAGGCCCAUCCCCUGCAAGCAAUCGCUGGCCCACGGCGGUGGCCACCCCCAAUGGGGGAUCGGUAUCGGUGCCCCAGCACUUUGAUGGUUCCUUCGAGUUUAUAAAAUAUCUGCGCCACUCCACGGACUUUACGCCGGGAACAGCCAGUGCCACGGCGGGCGAUAGCUCCGCAGCUGCAGCAGCGGCAGCAGCAUCAGAGAAAAGCACCAAGGGAGUACCGGGAGCAGCACUAGCGGCAGUGGCAGGCGCUGGCACACCACCCCCGCCACCCCAAUCGCCCGUGGCCAGUGCGGGGCUCCUCGACCUGGACACAAGCACCUCCCAGAAAUCGCGUUCCGCCUCCCGUAAGGUGGCCGCACUUCUCUCCUCAGUUUCACGCGCCUCCAAUAGCCACCAGCUGGACACGAGCUCGUCCGCGCUGGACGUCUUUGACCACGAUUCAAAGCAGACCAUCUUCGACCUGCAGCACAUGGCCUCCAACGGGUCCUCCAACUCAAACGAGUCCUCGCUGGAGCUACUCGCCUUCCCCAACUCCCAUUUGAAUGCCUCCAACUCGAAUACCUCGUCGGAGGGCGCUGCCUGCGGUAGUGCCGGGGAGUUUGGUGGCAUUCUGACGGGCGCCAGCUCCUCUUCGACCGCCUCCUCCUCGUCGCACGCCCCCAAGCUGCUCGGCAGCUUCGUGAUCAAGGAGAACUUCGAGGUGCAUCCCUCCCACAAGGUGGAGGAGGGCAUCUUCCAGCACAUGAACAAGCUCCCCUCUAAGAAGAAGGACACGCUCAAGCAGCUGGGCGUCCGAUUCACGGGCCAAAUGACGCUGACGGACAAAUCGAUUGUGGUCGAGAAUUUCAUCAAGUUUUGCGAGGAAUAUGAAAUCAAGGAUCAUCGGCCCUGGCUGUCCCUAAAUCAGUGCGGCCUCAACAAGCCCGAACAGAUCAAAUUCGCUCGAUAUUUGGGCCAGGGUCUGCCCACGUUUACGCUCUUUUGCAUUUAUAGCAAUUAUAAGAAUCUGUUUUGCACAAAACGCACAGAAAUCUACACCAAGGAUGGCUACAAUCUGCCUUAUAUACUCGACAAAACCAAGCGCUUCCUGGCCAACACAACAGCUGGCGAAAAUACAAACAACAAUAACAACAUCCAAAACAACAACAACAACAACAACAGUAACAAGACCAACACAACAACAACAACAUCCACACCGGUAAAACAGACACCACAACAACAACAACAACAACAACAACAACAACAUCCACAAGGAGAGCAGGGACCUGCAGGCGACCAACUGCUGGUGGCAGCACCUGCCUCGCCAGCGAAACCCACAGCCGCCUCCACAGCCGCCGCUCUGCCAUCUACACCCACGCCGACGCCGUUGGGAGGAGGAGCCACAGCAGGAGCACCACUACCACGCACAAUGGCCGCAACAUCAACUCCUAGGCCAUCAACGCCCACGGGACCAAUAGCUGGGCCGCCGCCAACGACUCCACAACAUCUCCAACAACAGCAGCAACAGCAGCAGCAGCAGCAACAACAGCAGCAACAACAACAACAACAGCAGCAGCAACAACAACAGCAUAUGUUGCACCAACAUUCGCAUCCGCAUGGCCAGCAUCCGCACGCACAUCCACAUCCGCAUCACCUGCAGCCGGGCACACCGACACGUAGUCCAGCGAUGACACCGCAACAUCCACAUGCUCCACAUCCGCACCACUAUCCGCCGCCGCAUCCCCAUCCCCAUGCCCAUGCCCAUCCGCAUGCCCUGCAACAUCCCCAUUCGCAUCACUUUGCCUAUGCCCAUCCGCAGCAUCCACAGCACCCACAGCAUCCUCAACACCCCCAACAUCCGCAGCAGCAUCAUCCGCACUUCUAUCCGCACUCGCCGCACCCACACGCAACACAUGUCCAGCACAUGGCAGCGAUGGGCUACAGUCCGGCGCCGCCACCGCAGUCAUCGGUUGGGGGUGGUGGUGCAGCAGGCGCAGGAUCUGCAGGAGGAGGAGGCGGCGGACCGCCAGUGUCCAUGUGAGAUUGGGGUCGGCGUGGCGCCAAGGGCAGCGGCGGAGGCGCCACCUGUUGACAAUCGUAGGCUGUUGCGGAUCCACACUCCUAUCCUGUUACUGUUCCCAAUCCCCUAUCCCUUCUCCUGUCCCUUAUCGAUUAGAAAUUUUAACCGGAAACCAUAUAUAAGAACAUCGCGUCAUAAUCUUUUACACAUUUUUUUUGUUUCGUUUAUUUUAGAAUAAUUUUACAAGCUUUUUGCCAAAUUUUAUUGAAACUAUACAACAAAUUUGUAUUAUGUUUGACGACGAAGAAAUUGUUGGACAACGAUCGAUCAUUAUACCCCUCAAAAACUAUGCAAUGUUAUUCCUUAAAAAGAGAUUAUUACUUUUACACAAUCACUCGAAACACUCAUACACACACAAGAACAUAUAGGAAAUCAAGAUAACGCUAUUUAAUAUGAUUAUAAUACUACGAUACGAUUAAUCGUAUAUAUAUUUUAGUAAGACAAGAACAAUGAUAAUAUAUGUAUUGUAUGUUAAACAAAA